AUGGGGUGCAGUCAGUCCAAGCCCACCGACGUGGCCAACCCGGCCGCCAACGCCAACGCCAACGCCAACGCCGCUGCGCCGCCGGCCGCGGCGAAGCCGCAGGAGCAGCCAGCGGCCGUCGAAGCGCCCACGGCCAACGAGCCCAAGGCCAAGGAGGCCGAGGAGGAGCACGAGGACGAGGCCUCGCAGGAGCUGGCGCCCGUCGCGCCCGUGAUCGAGACGCCCGCGGCGCCGCCCGCCACGGAGCAGGCGCCCAACUCGGCGGCCGUGGACGUGCCCGACAGCGUGCGCGCCAACUUCUCGUCCUUCAACAUCUCGUUCAUCGACCCGACCGUGAGCGCGCCCACGAGCGCCACGACGGAGCCCAGCAUCGCGUCCUCCAGGGUGGCGGCGAUCGCCGAGGAGGCCCCCAAGCAGCAGCAGGGGGAGACUGCUGAGCAGGUGGCCGAGCCUGCUGUGGAGGAGAAGGCCUCUGAGCCUGUUGUGGAGGAGACGGCUACGGAGUCUGUUGUUGAGGAGACCAAGGAGGCCGCCGAGCCGGUGAAAGCCGUUGCGGCCGAGCCUGUGGAGGAGACCAAGCAGAUCGAGGAGCUCGUGGUUGAGACCAAAACCGAGGAAGCCAAGGUUGAGGAGGUUGCGGCCGAGCCUGUUGUUGAAGAAAAGGUUGCCGAGCCCGUUGUCGAGGAGAAGGCUGUUGAGCCGACUGUCGAGACAGAGUCGGCUGCGACUAUCGAGGAACCUGUCGCGACCACCGAGGAGACUAAGGAGCCGGUCGUCGAGGAGCCGGUUGUCGCCGCAGAGGUCGAGAAGGUGAAGGAGCCCGCUUUUGAAUCUGCCAAGGAAGAAGAGAAGCUGGCCAACGUUGCUGAGGAGCAGGCCGUCGAGAAGACCGAAGAGGCUGCUGCCCCCGUGGUUGUUGAAGAGGCGGCCAAGGCCGAGGAGACGGUUGCUGUCGUGGAGCCUGUUGCGGAGACGGCGGCCGUUGAGCCUGUCGCAGUGGAAGAGCCUGCUGUCGUCACCGAAGAGCCCGCCGCCCCCGUCGUUGAGGAGCCGGCUGCCGCUGUUGAGACGGAGGCCACCCCUGUCGAGGAGACCCCCGCUGCUGUUGAGGAGCCUGCUGCCAAGGUUGAGAAGGAGGAGAGCGUUGUUGCGGCCGAACCGGCCGUCGUCGUUGAGGAGCCUACCGCUGUCGAGGAGUCUGUUGAAGUCGUUAAGGCGGGGAAACCUGCUACAGAGGCCAAGGUUGAGGAGGGUGCUGCUGCCAAGGUUGACGAGAUCGCCACUGAGACGAAGGUUGAAGAAGCCGCUGUGGUGAAGGCCGAGAAGGCCAAUGAAGCUGCAAAGGUGGAGGAAACUGCUGUGGAGACCAAGGUUGAGGAGCCCGUUGCUGUCAAGACGGAGGAGCCUGUUGCUGCCAAGGUCGAAGAGCACGUUGCUGCCAAGGUUGAGGAGCCCGUCGCUGCCAAGGUUGAGGAGCCCGUUGCUGCUGCCAAGGUUGAGGAGCCCGUUGCAGCCAAGGUUGAGGAGCCCGUUGCUGCCGCCAAGGUUGAGGAGCCCGUUGCAGCUGCCAAGGUUGAGGAGCCCGUUGCAGCCAAGGUUGAGGAGCCCGUUGCUGCUGCCAAGGUUGAGGAGCCCGUUGCGGCUGCCAAGGUUGAGGAGCCCGUUGCAGCCAAGGUUGAGGAGCCCGUUGCUGCUGCCAAGGUUGAGGAGCCCGUUGCAGCCAAGGUUGAGGAGCCCGUUGCUGCCGCCAAGGUUGAGGAGCCCGUUGCUGCUGCCAAGGUUGAGGAGCCCGUUGCAGCCAAGGUUGAGGAGCCCGUUGCUGCCGCCAAGGUUGAGGAGCCCGUUGCUGCUGCCAAGGUUGAGGAGCCCGUUGCAGCUAAGGUCGAGAAACCCGUUGCUGCCAAGGUCGAGGAGGCUGUCGCUGCUAAGCCUGAGGAAUCGGUUGCUGCCGAGGCUGAGAAGCCCGUUGCCAUCAAGGUUGAAGAGACUGUUGCUGCGCCGGUUGACAAUCAGGCCGAUGCUGCUGCGGAGUCCGACGGCAGCACCACGUCGGAGGAUGGCGCCGAGGCGGAAGACUCGGGCAUUGAGCAGCCUAACACUGCUGAAGAGCCCGCAGCGGCCCCUGCCUCGGUCAAGAAGGACGUGGCUGAGCCCCAGACGGAGCAGGCCGCGCCUGUCAAGGAGCCCGUGGCCUCCAACUAAGUAUGAAACCCGCUGAGAAGCGAGCCCAGGGACCAAGUGUAAGGUCCACUUUCUUUUUUGAUUCCUAACGUGAAGCGGUCGCCCGCCACGACGUAGAUACGAAUGUAGGAACUGUAAGUUCAUGCACAUAGAUCACUAU